UUUUUCUAUUAUCUUAAGGCUGGUUUUCCCGUCCUCUGUAGAAGGGUAUAAAUACAUUUUGCUUCCAGUGUUAGGUAUUACACCUUUCAGUGCUUUGGACACAUCCACAUCAGUACAUCAUAACUCAACACAUCUUCAUUGCUUCCGUUGAAAGAAGGAUAUAAGUGAACAAAUAAAUGGCUGCUUCUAACAAUACUGUGAUGACAAUGAUUGUUGCAAUAGUUGUGGUGACUAUUUUUUCAGCUGCAGCAGCCGAUCAAGGUUUUGCUACAUUCUACACACGAUACACCCCUUCGGCGUGCAAUGGAUUUCAAAAUGAUGGCGUUAUGAUUGCUGCAGCAAGUGAUCCAAUAUUUGCCAACAAGGCAGCCUGCAAUAGAAGGUACAGGGUGAAGUGCAUUAGCGGUACCAAUGCUGUGGCCAACCCAUGCCGAAGCGGCUCGGUUAUAGUCAAAGUUGUGGAUCGCUGUCCUUCUCCACACUGCAGAGGGACCCUGGACCUUUCUCGAGAGGCUUUUUCAAGAAUAGCGAAUCCUGAUGCCGGCAAAGUCAAAAUUGAAUACACACGGAUAUGAUCUUCAUAAAAAUUCUUAGGUGUAACAAUAAAGUUCCUACAGUUGCUAAUAGCACCUGCUUAUCUGCCACCAAAACAUCGAGUAAACUUUUCAUGUUGCUUUUCUGUUGAUAUUUUUCCUGCACAUUUGUUUUAAUUUGAUUGAUCCUUUUAUGAAGAGCAUUCUUCAGUAGAAGGAAACGAGGUGUGCAACACACUUCAGAGGAUUGUACAAAGGAAUAAAUUUCUGAAAAUAUUUGUGCACUCUUUUCAAAUAUAUUGAAAAAACAUUUGUUCCAUUACCCUCUGUACAUUGUAAAACCUUCAUUCAGUGAAUAAAUACAACUAUGAAUUAAA